AUGGUUGCCAAUGUAACACAAUUGCCUCUCGGAGCCUUACAGCCACUAACAGCCUUUAUACAGUUGCUCCUUGCAGCCGCACUACUUUGCCACGCCACUGCACCAUUAGAACACAUUAGCAGCCGCACCAUACGACUAUUGGAAUUUCAGCACGACCCCAUUGCCUCCUCCUUCACCUUGCAACAUCAAGAGCCAGGCACCGACACCGCCACCUAUGACGGUACCGCCAUUCAAGACUACCUCAAUGCCAUCUCGGGCCACAUCUCGGUCUUGGAGCAAAUCUAUUCACUCCCUCUUUUGCCAUCACAAUUGACGUAUGCAUUUGAGUACGCGUCCAAUGGAGCCCUAGCCCAUGUGCCUUUGGGCCCAAUGCACACCACUUUUCCAGAUCCACACAGUAAAAUGGAACUUAGCUUAGGGGUUGAUCAGCCCGUACAAAGGGUUGACAACCAAAACAAUUUGAUUGGCCGACUACUAGGGCAAAUCAACUUGAGUCAGGGCUUUGACCUUGGAUCCCAGGACAAGGAGAGGAAGACGCAUGGGAAUACUGAUGCACAGUUCGAGAGGUUCCAGGCACGUAGGACAAUGACAAAAGGGCAGGGGAGAGAACAAGAACUUGAUGUUCAGCACCCAGGCGAGACACAGACAUCUGCAAGCUAA